AUGAAAAACAGUGCCAUUCAGCAACUGGAGAUCUGCGUUAAUAGUGCAGUUCCUCUACCCAAUUCCUGUGGUAAUAACAUGACGUGCGAGCGGCAGAAGUCUAGCUUUCACCAAUUAUGCUUGAGUUCAGAUGAAAAUUUACGAAACCGGACAUCAUACUUUGCCGAACUACAAAUUAACAUAGCUGAAGGGACAAUCGAGCACUGGACUACUCCAAGGCCAGUAACGACGGAUAAGUGGAUAGCUAAUACGCACUGGUCUUAUUUUCACCUAGACUGUGUGGGCAAUGAGCGCAAACCGCCACAGGAAAUUGCUGAUGAGACGUGUCUUUGA